GUAAACACUACACUUCUUCACUCCACGACAUCGUCAAUAUGCCUCCGAAGAAGAAGCCUAAGCUUGCGGAAGCUUCGGAGACAGAGAAUGGACAGGCAUCUGCUACGCCAGCUUCGGGCGAGAGCGCGAAGCCAGAGACGGAUUACGAUAUUGUCGCGGACCCUUGGACGGACGAGCAAGAGACGGCUUUACUGAAGGCCAUUAUCAAGUGGAAACCAGUUGGCAUGCACAAACACUUCCGUAUGAUCGCAAUCUCCGAAUUCCUCAAAACCCAAGGCUAUGCGCCCGCGAACGCACUCCACACGCGAAUCCCCGGCAUAUGGAGAAAGCUCAACACACUUUACAAUCUUCCAGCGCUGGAUGAGCGGGAGGAUUCAUUAAUAUCAGAUGUCGCGGAUGACGGCGAUCCCUCGAGCGAACGAUAUUGUCCCUUCCAACUCCCCGAUGACGAAUACGGUUAUAUGAUGUUUGAGAGGAGAUUGGCGACAGAGGAGUCUGUGUCGCCUACGAGCGGCCGUGCAGAGUCGAGACGAGGGAGCACCGCGGCUGAUACGGAUGAAGCACGCUCCUCCCCCGCACCCUCCCGUGGACGAAAGAGAAUCCCGAAAAAGCGCAGCUAUUGUCGACGAUGAAGAUGGCUCCGAAGAAGAAGAAGAAGCUGAUGAGGACGCGUCGGACGCCGCGAAAGAUGACAGUGAUAUCGAAGAUGAUGAAGAGGAAGCGGGUGAUUCUCCGAAUCCGAGGAGUACAAGGGCUCAGACGUCACGGUCGAGGAGAAGCACAGGGACAGGGACGAGAAGGACGGGGCGGCGACGUUGAGAUUCCUUGUUUAAGUUGCAAUAAUGAUCGAGAUACCUUAAAAAGGUGUUAGACGGCGUUUUCUCGGGGUUUGUACGGAUUCAUUUUCAAUUGGCAGUGGGGCAC